CCUUUCGAACCAAGCCCAUCUUCACGUGAUGUGCUUCUGCUUCUAGGGCUUGUUCAUUUUUGUUUGUUUUCUUCUACUCUUUGAUAUUUUGCUUAUAAAUCUUGCUUCUUUACAAUCCUUUUUUACACUCAAUUCUCUCUUUGGGUUUGAAAAAUGGAGUCCAACACCAAAAUGUCAGCUCUUCUUUUGAUUUGCAUGCUUUUCAUUUCUUCAGUGACACCAAUUCUUGGGUGUGGUUCAUGUGGGAAAGCACCACACAAGCAUCGAAAGCCUAAGGGAAAGUCCCCUAAAGGUCCCAUCACUUUGCCUCCCCUUGUGAAACCUCCAAUCAAGUUGCCACCGGUUGUUCCUCCAAUAGUUAAGCCACCCAUUGACCUCCCUCCGGUUACAGUCCCUCCAAUUAACCUCCCUCCAGGGACGGUUCCUCCAGUAACUAAGCCACCAAGUGGGAAACCCUGCCCAACACCACCAACCAAGGACACUUGCCCCAUUGACACACUGAAAUUGGGUGCUUGUGUGGAUCUGCUGGGAGGGUUGGUGCACAUUGGACUAGGUGACCCGGUUUUGAAUCAAUGUUGUCCGGUUCUUUCAGGACUCGCCGAGCUCGAAGCUGCGGUCUGCUUGUGCACCACCCUCAAACUUAAGGUUCUCAACCUUAAAAUUUAUGUGCCACUGGCUCUUCAACUCCUUGUCACAUGUGGGAAAACACCCCCUCCUGGUUACACUUGCUCUCUCUAAAACCAAGUUGCUAGGUUGAUGGAAUGGACAUGAGAGGAUGUCGAGCUUUUCUCUUUGUUUCUUAGUUGGAUUGGAAAUCUGAUGCAGUGUUUAUUGUAACACCAAUUAAUUUUUUUUUCUUUUAAAAGAUUGUUGCAACUUGCAAGUGUGUUUCUGUAUCUUCCACCAAAAAAAAAAAAAGCAAUCAAGAAUUAUAUUUGUCUUUGGUCA